CGGAAGCUCACGUCCUCAUUCUUAAGGCAGAUCAGAAGGCUGGAGGUCGCUUGUGAUUUUUGUCCUGCUUUCACUCGUCCGACAAAGAGCCACCCACCAAGAUGGCUCAGUGGCAGGCCCUUCUGAAGCUGGACUCGGCACUCCAGAACCGGGUCUGCCAGCUGUACGAGAGAAGAUUUCCCAAAGAGAUUCGCCACUAUCUGAGCAUCUGGAUCGAGAACCAGGACUGGGAUUCGGCAGCUGUGGACGAGCACAGAGCCAGAACCUGUUUCCAGGCUCUCCUGGUGUUUCUACAAGAGCAGUGGUAUCGUUCUGUCCAGGAGAACAAUAUUCUGCAGGGGCCAGAUUUUUCCAGGAUGAAGGACUACCUGCUGGAGCAUUUCCAGGGUGAGCCGCUGAAAUUGGCCCUACUUCUGUCUGAAUGCCUGAAGGAGGAAAAGCAAAUUCUGGCUUCGGUCUCUGAGCCUCAGAGUUGCAACAAUCCAGGCAUGCAACAAAGCUGGAGAGAGUUGGACGACAAAAUCAAUGAACUGAAGCAACAGACUUUGGAGACCAAGAAGGAAAUCAAGACACUGGAGGGUCUGAAUGAAAAACUGGACUAUAUUCUGAUGGCCUGGCAAAAUAAAGUGGAGGAGAACACUGAUCUGGCCCAGUCCCAAUGUAUUGUUGAUCAGGAAUGUCAGAAACAUGCAGACUUCAUAACACAAAGAAAGGAGAUUGUGCUGCAUCAGUUGGUUAACAUUUUAAAGCAGACAGAAAAAGUCAUGGCGACUCUCACUGAUGUGGAGCUGCCGGAGUGGAAGCGCAGGCAGCAGUUGGCCUGCAUUGGAAGUCAAGCUGACACCAGUCUGGACCACCUGGACAAGUGGUUUUCGACUGUCGCCGAAGUGCUGCUAGGAGUCUGCGAACAGCUGAAGAAGCUUCAAGACCAGAACAGCAAAUACAGCAGCACUGACCCUGCCUUCUGCCUCCCUACUUCAAUCCCAGAAAUGGAGAAAUUUGGGCGGUCCUUGUUAAUAAAACUAGUCACAAACGCUCUGGUGGUGGAGAAACAGCCCGUCAUGCAGAAAUUUCCACAGCGUCCUCUGAUACUGAAGACCGGGGUGCAGUUCAGUAUCACAGUGAGGUUCCUGGCAAACAUCCCUGAAUUCAAAUGCAUGCUGAGAGUCAAACCUGUAUUUGACAAGGAUGUUGUAGAAGCCAAGACAGUGAAAGGGUUCCGUCUCUUUGAUUUCAACAGAGACGACUGUAAGGUGUUGGACGAGGACACAGAUGGAGGCUUGAUGGCAGAAUUUGGGCACAUGUCGCUCAAGGAAAGAAAAUCAAGAAGCAAAAGCUCAUCUGCGAACCAUCUGGUAGUCACUGAAGAGCUGCACAUCAUCAAGUUUGUGACAGACUUUCAGUACGCAGGACAAACGUGCAACAUCGAGGCCAGCUCCCUGCCCGUGGUCGUCAUCUCCAGCACGAAUCAACUCCCCAAUGCCUGGGCCUCCAUCAUGUGGUGGAACAUGGUGUCCACCAGUGAACCUUGGGACCUGUCGCUGUUCCUGAAUCCUCCUCCUCUCACCUGGGAGCAGCUGUCAGAGGUGCUAAGCUGGCAGUUUUUGACCGUUGGCAAACGAGGGCUCGAUGAAAUGCAACUCUCCAUGCUAAGAGACAAAAUUAUGGAUGAUCCUGACGGCAUGGUGUUCUGGAGCAGCUUCUCCAAGAACGAAAAUGCCUGGAUCUGGAUCGAUGGCAUCCUCGAUUUGAUCAAGAAACACUUGGUGGAUCUUUGGCAUGACGGAUCCAUCAUGGGGUUCGUGAGCAGGGAGAGGACACGCCUCCUGCUGCAGGAAAAACAGGCCGGUACUUUUCUGAUCCGGUUCAGUGAGAGCAGCAGAGACGGCGCCGUCACCUUCAGCUGGGUCGACCACUCCAACGGUGAGCCUCAUGUGCAUGCGGUCCAGCCGUACACCAAGAAAGAGCUGUCGGUGUUACCUCUGCCAGACAUCAUUUACCGCUACAGUCUGGCAUCCCAGCGAAGCAGAAAUCCCCUGGUCUAUCUUUACCCCGACAUCCCCAAAGACACCGCCUUCGGACGCUACAAAUCCCCCGAAACAUCAGAACCUUCAGGGGAUGGAUAUCACCGCAGAAUACCUUCUUUUAUAUCAAACGAUCCUACGCCACCUCCUUCUCCACCCAAUGAGACCCACAUGAUGGAAAUGGACAAUGAGCCGGAAACAAGUGCCGGCUUGAGUGAACUCCUCUCUUUUAUUGUCGACUCGCCUGCUCCAGGCAUGCCCUGGGGAUCUCAGCUGGAUCUGACUUUAGCUUCGCUACAGACAUCAUCGCCUGAAAACUUCUUUGUUGAUCAGUUUAGUUUCAGCUAAAAUCUGCUGGAUUGCUGAUCACACGCUGCACUUUGCUGGAAAACAAAGCUGUACUAUAAAAAUGGCAACAAUCAAUGUGCAUGAGAUUUUAAUUCAAAGUUUAUAUUCACAUUCUGUUUUUCUUACUGUGCUGUAUAUUUGCUUUAUAUUUAGUUUUAAUAAAAUAACUGACUGGA